UGUCUCGCAGAGCCCAUAUUGGACAUCUCUAAGCAGCUGCUUCCAUUUUCCAGUCGCCCAACCCACAACACAGCUGGCUUUGUAGCGUUUGGUGACUCUUACAGUGCGGGAAUCGGAACCGGUGUUGACGGCGUGGAAGAGCAGUGUAGACUCGGAGACCACGCGCAUCCAGUGUUGAUCUAUAGUGACCUGGCGAAGAGCCAGGGUCCUAACACAACCACGUUCCAGUUUCUGUCCUGUACUGGCUCCACGACUGGCAACAUUUUGUCUGGGGGCGAGCGCAGCCAGGUUGACAGCUUUAACAACUCCAUCAAUGCUGACCUGGCUUUGCUUUCUAUUGGGGGGAACGACCUCGGUUUCUUUCGUGUCAUGAACGCUUGCAUCUUCCGCUUCUACAGCUUCUAUUCAGGCACCUGCGAAUCAGCUCUUAAAGAUGCAACCGAACAGAUCGAGAGCAAUGAAUUCGAGAGGCGGUUGAAGAUGGUGAUUUUGCAAAUUCUGGACAAGGCUCGGUGGGAGAAGCGGCCUUGGUUUACCAUUACCGUUACCGGGUAUGCACGAUUUUUCAACGCCGACACAGAGGAAUGCGACAAUUGCACGCUGGGUGUCUGGUGGAAAGGCCCAAAACUUGAGCGAAGAGUUCGGCUAAGGAUGAACGACAUGGUGCUGGCCGUGAACAAGAAGUUGAGAGCUUCUGUUGAAGCUGUCAACUCCGAAUUUACGACCCCUAAAGUGAUCUUUGUCGACUAUGACGCCAAGUUUGAAGGCCAUCGCUUCUGUGAACCUAACGUAACGGAACCUGCAUACAGCCGGGCGGAGACAUGGUUUUUCUUGGUCGGGGGGAAGGACAACAACCCGAACAGAGAGGAUCCUACGCCGGUUCCCAACAUCACCAAGGCUGAUGCCAACUAUGCACGUGGUCAGGUGUUACCGCCCCUGUCGCCGCUCGUGGAUCCAGAGACAUGCCUGGGCCCGGCUGAAAGCCUGGGUGAUUGGGGUUCGCUAGCAUUGUGCUAUAUGGCGCGGGCGAAACGGGACGAUCCUACGCUUCGAUUUGCGCGUGAAGAUAUCAUGUUGCAGAAUUCAAUGUGGUACGUUCCGACGUACUACGGUAAAACGUUCCAUCCGAGGAGUCUCGGCCACGAGGUAAUUAGAGACGAGAUUUACAGUGCAUGGUCCCAGCUAAGGAUGGCGCCAUACACGUAG